AUGGCUAUCCUCUUUUCUUCUAAAAACCCAUCAUUUCUCAUUCUCUUCUUUUUAUCAUCUCUUCUCUCUCUCACUACCCAACAAUGCAACCAUCAUCACUUCUCUGCUUUACUCCACCUCAAGUAUGGUUUUAACUUCACUACUUCCACCCUCUCUACUCUUCCUUCUUGGAAUUCAAACAAUACCAAUUGCUGCUCUUGGGAAGGCAUCACGUGCGAUGGACCCACUGGUCACGUGAUCAGCCUCGACCUUAGUGAGCUCUUUAUCUCUGGUCGGAUUGAUUUUGAAAGUCUAUUUCGUCUUCGGAGCCUGCGGAGGCUCAACCUCGCUUACAAUGAGUUUGAUCCAUCUCCAUUCCCAUCUGGGUUUGACCAGCUCACCAGUUUGACCCAUCUCAACCUCUCUCACUUAUCCUUUUAUGGCCAAAUCCCACUGGAAAUCUCCCGCUUGACCACUUUGGUUUCUAUCGAUCUUUCUCGCAAUCAAUAUUGGAAUGGUUCUGGAUUUCAAUACCUGAAACUCGAAAACCCAAGCAUUGGAGCAGUCGUCCAAAACCUGUCCAAUCUGAGUGAACUCUAUCUGGACUGGGUACACAUCUUACUGCAGGGCCAGACCUUAGAUUUGCCACUCCCUACUCUCCGCAAGUUGAGCUUACGAUCUUGCCUUCCCUCAGGUUCCAGAUAUUCUUCCCUUUCGCACCUCCAUUUCUUAACUGAACUCGACCUCAGCGGAAACAAUCUAUCCUCUGCAGUGCCCAGCUUCCCAGGGAGUCUCCGCAAGUUGAUCUUACAAGAUUGUGAUAUUUCAGGCUCCAUCUAUUCUUCCCUUUCACAGCUCCAUUUCUUAUCUGAACUCGACCUCACCUAUACCAAUCUUUCCUCUGCAGUGCCCAAUUUCAUUGGGAACUUAUCCACAUUGACGUCCCUGCUCCUUAAAGAUUGUGGAUUGCAUGGAAAAUUCCCUGAGAGUGUUUUCCAGCUGCCAAAUCUACAAAUCAUUGACAUAUCACGCAAUCCACUUGUAGCUAUCAAUUUGCUGGAGUUCCCUCAAAACAAUACUCUACGGCAAUUGAUCCUUUCAUACACUGGAUUAUCAGGAAAGUUACCAGAUUCUCUCAGUAAUCUCAAAUUCUUGACUCAUUUAUACCUCAGAAAUUGCAACUUGUCAGGAUCAUUACCAUCCUCACUUUUGAACCUUACCAAACUGCAAUAUCUGUAUCUUUCAUCCAAUAAAUUGAGCAGUCCAAUUCCAUCAUCAUUGUUUUCACUCCCAUCAUUACAUACACUGGACCUCACAGGUAACCAACUUAGUGGUCAAUUAGGCGAGUUCCACAAUGCCUCUUCUUCACAGCUGGAGUUACUCUAUUUGGAUAGCAAUAAAUUGCAGGGGAUGAUACCGAGAUUUAUCUUUCAACUUACUCAGCUUCAACUACUUUCCCUUUCUUCCAAUAAUUUUAGUGGUGUUGUGGAGCUAUGCUUAUUUCAAAACCUCAAAAAACUUUCCUCUCUGGAUCUUUCAGAUAACAACUUGUCAGUCCAAUAUGGCAAUGGUAAUUCCACAUUUACUUCCAUCCCCCAGUUUGAAUCUUUGUUGUUACGUUCUUGCAACAUCAGCACAUUUCCAAAUUUCUUGAGAAAUCAAGAGCAGUUGGGGCAAUUGGACCUUUCCUACAAUAAAAUUAGUGGUGAAAUACCCAAAUGGAUAUGGGAGGUUGGCAAUGGGUCUUUAUACUCUUUAAAUCUUUCUCACAAUGUUCUGCAGGGAAUAGUACCAUCUCCCCAUCUUUUGUUGAUCAGUGACUUACGUGUUCUGGACAUUAGCUCCAACAAGCUAGAAGGCUCACUUCCUAUCCCACCACCGUCCAUCCUUUUCUUUUCAGUUUCAAACAAUGGCCUUGGUGGUGAAAUCCCUCAAUCAGUUUGCAAUGCAACAUCCCUAGCAGUCCUUGAUUUAUCUCAGAAUCACUUCAUUGGUCAGAUUCCACCAUGUUUGGGUGAGAUUGGUGAUAGGCUAAGUGUGUUGAAUCUUCAAGGAAAUGCUUUCAAUGGCACCUUACUUCAGACAUUUAAAGAGGGAUGUAACAUACAAACGCUUGAUCUCAGUGGGAAUCAAUUAGAGGGUCAAGUGCCAAGGUCUUUGGUCAAUUGCAAAAUGUUGGAGGUAUUAAACCUUGCAAACAAUCAAAUACAUGACACCUUCCCUUUUUGGUUGGAAGCUUUGUCCCAGUUGCGUGUUCUCGUCUUGAGAUCCAACCAAUUUCAUGGUACCAUUGGGCAUCCUAUAACAAAUCACCCUUUCCCUCUGUUACAAAUUUUCGACCUCUCUUUCAAUAGCUUUGAGGGUAAUUUGCCAUCAAAUAUGUUCAAGAGCUGGAAGGCAAUGAUGGAUGAGGACAAAUCCCAAUCUUUGGUCCUUGGCAAAAUGAUACCCAGAAGUUCCAUAUACUAUCAAAACAAAGUGUCUCUAGUCAUCAAAGGGCGACAGAUCGAACUAGUAAAGAUCCUUACAGCCUUUACUGUAGUGGAUCUCUCGAAGAACAAAUUUCAUGGAGAUAUCCCAAAAUCAAUUGGGGAUCUAAAGUCCCUCCUUGUGCUCAAUAUGUCCAACAAUGAUUUAACUGGCGGAAUUCCAACAUCAGUUCAGAAUCUAAGGGAUCUAGAGUCAUUAGAUCUCUCACAUAAUAAAUUGUCUGGAGAGAUCCCCUGGCAGCUAACAGAUCUAACAUUCCUUGCAAUGUUGAAUCUCUCACAGAAUUUCCUCGUGGGAAAAAUACCACAAAGCCGGCAGUUUCUUACAUUUAACAACGAAUCAUUCAAAGAGAACUUAGGAUUGUGUGGACCUCCACUAUCAAAUAAAUGCAAAAAUGCAGAGAGUGCACCACCGUCCGCUUUGUCAACAUUGCAAUCCGAAAGGAAUUAUGACUGGGAAUUAAUGUGUAUAGGAUUUGGAGUUGGAUACGGAUCAAGUGUAGGGAUACUUUUCUGGACCCUAGCACUUUGGAGGAAGGGAAGGAAAGAAUUCUAUAUAUUUAUUGAUGGAAUGUUUUCCUUAAAAUUUCCUUCCAUGGUGUUUCCUAAAUGGCAACGAUGGUGA